CUGCGAUUGGUUUAAAAGAUGACCCAUCUGAUCAAUAGUUUAGCUGAAUGGAUUGGCCAAGUGACGGGAGAGGAGCCAGCACCGAGUUGCCGAGUUGGAUGCACACAGUCAGACUUGGAUCAACCCAAAUGGCAACCCAACAGAAUGGCACGAGCUUCGACCUGUUGCAGCCCACGAAACGAAGGUUUAGCGAGCCGGCGGAAGCCGUGGUAGGCACGGCGGGCAAGUGGACCUUGGCCGAAGACACGGCGCUUCGUGCGGCCGUCGAGCAAAAUGGGAAUGAAAACUGGAAGGCGAUCGCGGACCUUGUACCCGGGCGCAACCAUUCGCAAUGCCUGCAACGUUGGAACAAAGUGCUGAAACCCGGUCUGAUCAAGGGCACGUGGUCCCAAGAUGAGGACGCGCUCUUGAGGCAACAGAUUCAGAUCCAUGGCGACCAAGAAUCAUGGGUCAAGGUGGCCGAAGGCGUCCCCGGUCGCACGUACGUUGCCGAAAUGUCAUCUCGACGUUCCAACCAGGUUUGUAGGACAAAGCAGUGCCGCGAGCGUUGGCGGAACCACUUGGCCCCGUCCAUCAACCGAAAUCAAUUUUCACCGGCCGAGUUGGCGCUGUUGGAGUUUGUGUACAAUAAGAUUGGCAACCGGUGGACGUUGGUGGCCAAGUUGCUUCCGGGACGAGCGGAAGACGACAUCAAGAAAAAGUGGAGGCAACUACACCCCAAGCAAGAAAAGAAGCGCGCGGGUCGGCUGCCCAAGCUCGACAUUACCGAGCUCAUGGAUUCAAUCAAGGUCGAGAUCAGCCUUGGGAGACUGCCACGUAUGGACUGGAUCUACACACUGCACUUGGACAACAACUUUUCAUUGGACGACGACGACGACAAGGAGUCGCUGUACAGCGACACGAGCAGCAGCACCCACGGAGCGGACGCGCCAUUCCGGCCGCCGUUCUUGUCCAAGAAGAAGAAGCUCGAGUGGGGCCAAAUGUCGUUGGAAAUCCUCACGCAGCUCGUGCUCACGGCGUCGUUCCGACAGCUCAAUCUGGACGACAUGGACGAAACCACCAACUUCAACACACACUCCAACUGGAUCAUGAACAUGGAGGACGACCCGGUCGUCGCGCGGGUACUCAACUCGUUCCGUGCCGACUCGUCGAACGGCGUCGAGGGCAUCCUGCAGGAUCUGGACGCGGACGACAUGAACCAUUUGAUUGGCGUUGCGAAUGCGGCCGCCCAGCAGCAGCAGCAACAGCAGCAGCAACAGCAGCAGCAGCCUCCGUCACAACCGUCCAAUCAGUUGUUCCACGAAUGAUCGUCCUUUGAGAGUGUGUGUGCUUUACAAUAAUACAUGGCAACGAUGGUGUACGUACUGG